AUGCCUGAUAUGUCGAACACCGAAAUACCGAGUACCUCUGGAGACCUGGAAAGGCCGGGCAGAUUUCCUAAAUUAAGGUCCCUGAGCAGCGAGGGGAGGCAAACAGCCUCCAUUACCCUGGGGGCAGAUCGUUGCACCGCCCUAGUGGAAGUUGCUAAGGAAGGCACUCCCACGCUUUUUGAUCUCCUCAAGACAGCAUGGCCCAUGCUGUUGGCUGAUUACAUUGAUUCCAAGACUGUUAGCUUUGGUAUCCUGUCCGGUGACACUGAUAAUGAGGUCGCUGAGCAGUGGUUCGCAACUUUAGACCUAAAACAGCCCAUCUCUAAAGUAGUCACUCUUGAGAAGCUUCAGGAAUGGCCGUCAAGAGAAGUCGGGCAAAGUGGUCAGUUCAAUACAUUUAUCUCUCGGCGAGGGAACACUGCUUUUGAGUCUAAGGGCAAUCAAACUUCCUUGAUUGGCGAUAUUCUGGUCAUAGCGGACGACACCCACAACUCAUCCCAAAUAGAUCUCUAUUACCAUGUCUCGGUCCUGGGUCCAAGGGAGGCUCAACAUGUGAUUACUACUCUGGGUGCAGUCCUUGACUCUUUAGUUUUUAGUUAUGAGCAGCCAAUAGCCGAGCUGAAUUUGCUUCAUGACCACCACCGCGACCAAAUACGGAGCUGGAACAGUCACGUGCCAGAGAAAGCAAUAAAUGGGUGCAUUCACACGCUUUUCCAGCUGCAGUGUGCAGAAAGGCCCGGGUCGCAGGCAGUAUGCGCCUGGGACGGGUGCUUCACAUACGCAGAGGUGGAUCAAAUGUCCGACAGGGUGGCAGCGCGACUACAGAAAUAUGGCAUUCAAGAAGAAUCCAUUGUCCCCAUCCUUCUUGAGAAGUCGAAGUGGGUUGCUGUUGCAAUGCUGGGUGUCCUAAAGGUUGGCGCAGCAUUCAUUCUCAUGGACGUCUCAUACCCUACAGGUCGCUUGUUGGAUAUCUGCGAGGAUAUCCAAGCGCAAGUCCUCAUCCAGUCCGUGGAAGCACAAGCCAUCAGCCGACCAAUGAACGUGAUUGCAGUUGACGAGGGAGUGAUGGAUUGGGAAUCAAGCCCGCCGCUGAGGACUGCAAUCUCCCCUAGUAACGCAGCCUACGUGUCGUACACGUCUGGCUCAAUGGGAAAGCCGAAGGGCGUGAUCAUCGAACAUGGUUCAUUUUGCACAAACGCCUUAACUACCAGCAAGGUACAUAAUCUGAGCAGUUCCUCCCGAGUUCUACAGUAUGCAUCCUUUGCAUUUGAUGUCAGCAUUCAAGAGUGCCUGACUCCCUUGUUACUCGGAGGCUGCACAUGCAUCCCGUCUGAGGCUCAACGAAUUAAUGAUCUGGCCGAAUCCUGUGUGGACCUGCAGGUCAAUUGGGCUGAGCUUACACCUUCAGUUGCCAGGCUUCUGCAGCCGGAGGAGGUCCCAUCAAUUAAAACACUUGUCUUAGGAGGGGAAUCGACGUCAUCAAUCGAUAUCUCCAAGUGGCAGCACCUCCAACUGAUCUCCGCAUAUGGCCCGGCAGAAUGUACCAUCGUAGCAACAGUCCAACCACAUGUUAAAGAGCCAAACAAUAUUGGUCGCUCCUAUGGUGGAACUUGCUGGAUCGUUAACAAGGAUAAUCACCACCGUCUCCUCCCAAUCGGCGCAGUCGGCGAGUUAGUUAUCGGAGGUCCCAUUGUUGGGCGCGGCUAUCUCAACCAACCUGCACAAACCGAGGCCGUCUUCUUUAUGAAUCCCGUCUGGGCGGCAACCUUUGGUCUGGAUAGGGAUUACAGAUACUACAGGACAGGCGAUUUGGUCAGGUAUAACGCCGACGGUGACAUUAUCUACUGCGGAAGGAAGGACACGCAAGUCAAGAUCCACGGGCAAAGGGUGGAGCUGGGCGAAAUCGAAUAUCAUGCGCAAAGCUGCUUGAGUGAAGAUAUCACGGUUGAACUGGGUAUGAGGGGGAAUCAGAGACCAUUCCUGGUACUGUUCAUGGCGCCAAAAGGGCAAGUUACUAGAGAUAUUUGCUCUGGCUCUCUGUUUUGCGAACCAAACAAUGAAUUCCGUCACCGCAUUCUCCAUGUCAAGGCGCGGCUACGAAACUCACUUCCGGACUACAUGAUACCGGCGGUAUAUAUUCCCCUGAGUGGGACACCGCUGUCACGAACAGGGAAAGUAGACAGAAAAUUGUUGCGAAGCAUUUUGAGCCAGCUAUCAGAUGCCCAAAUUCGAAAGUACCGAAUUUCAGAUCCGACCUAUACUCUCCAAACCCCAGCGACAAAUAGGGAUAGACGACAGCAUAUUUCAGCUGGGGGCGACUCUAUCACCGCUAUUUCCCUCGUCGCGGAGGCCAGAAAGAGGGGUUUAGAGAUGACGGCGGCAUCCAUUUUCCAAUCCCAGUCUAUUCGAAAACUAGUGGCAAACACGGACGAUAUUUGUACUCGCAGUACUAGUCCCGUACAGCCUUUCUCCCUGCUUAACAAAGAGAAGGAUUCCUUGAUCCCGCAAGCAGCGCAACAAUGUAAGAUUAGUCCCAGUCAAGUCGAGGAUAUCUACCCGUGCACACCUGUGCAGGAAGCCAUGAUGGGGUCUACGAUGCGGAAUCCAAGCUCCUUCCAAGCACAGUUUCGCUUUCAUCUUCCCAUGACACUAGAUGUGGCCCGAUUCAAGGACGCAUGGGGGACGGUCCUCGCUGCGCGUCCAAUAUUACGGACCAGGAUAGUUCAGCUUGACACUCCCCACGCGCUCCAGGUAGUUGUUCGCAGCGAAGAGAGGAUACCAUGGCAUUCUGUUAAACACGUACAGGAAGUCACACAAACUCUCAUGUUGUUGGGAGACCCACUUAUCCAACUUUGCAUGGUUAGUGAGCCAGACGAAAGGGUGCAAUUGACAUUCAUCCUCACUAUGCAUCACGCCCUAUUCGACAAGUGGUCAUAUAAAAUCAUCCUUGAGGAGGUCGAAGCUGUAUAUCGUGGGCUGAGUGUGGGCUGGCAGUCAUUCACGCCCUUUAUAAAGUACAUAUAUUGUUCGGAUGCGGCGAAUUCAAAAGGAUUCUGGAAGGCCGAGUUCAUGGGUCUGAAGGCGCCAGAGUUUCCAGCAGCUCCCGCACACAGCCAUAGCAGAACAUCUGUUAGAAGGCUGCACUGUCACUUCCAAGUGCCCCAUUGGCCACCUAGUAGUUAUACUUUAUCUACAGUGAUACGCCUGGCCUAUGCAAUCCUUAUUUCGCGGUCUACUCAUUCCCAUGAUAUUGUCUUUGGAGUCACUGUCAAUGGACGCAAUGCUCCUGUGUCCAGCAUCUAUGACCUUGCAGCCCCAACUAUCGCUACAUUGCCACUGCGGACAGUUCUUCAGCCCGACAUCAGUGUUCAGGAAAUGCUGGUUAGAAUGCAGGAGCAUGCAACCAGAUUGAUCCCAUUCGAGCACACAGGAAUCCGAUGGGUCAAGGCCUCUAGUGCCGAAGCGGCAUUAGCGUGUGACUUUAAGAGCUUGCUGGUUAUCCAACCGCCAACCCGAAGAGGCGCCUCUCACGGGCUAUUUGGGGAAGCCUUGGAAAAUGAUGAUGAGCUCAAAUUUAGCACUCAUCCCCUGACUCUCAUUUGUGAAAUUGAGAAUAAUGGCUGGAUCCAUGUUACUGCCGUGAUCAACUCAGCUGUGAUCUCCCCAGAUGAGACUCAAGCAUUGUUGCGCCAGUUUGCGGGUAUAUUCGUCCAAAUUAAUGACAACUUGGAACGGCCAGUCAGCAGUAUCAUUUCCGAUGACACAGUUGUUGCUGCCUCAGGUUACGACAGCGAUAAGUUACUGUCUCUACGGGAGUUAGAAAUGAAGGCGCAAUACUAUUUGGAAAGCCUUCCUGGUAUUGAUGCUGACACAGUUGUUCUUGAAGAGUUACCUUCCGCAAUGCUGGCUGUUUUUGUUUGCGACAGCCGAGUAAAUUCGAAUGAAACAUGGGAGACAGAUCUGAUCAAAAAACCUAGCCGCACUGUGAGACAUGUCCUUUCCAAACUGGGGGAAUACCUACGACAAUCUAUGCCCGACGCUUUGACGCCCUUUCUGUGCUUGCCAAUCAAAACUUUGCCCAAGGAUUCUGCGGGUCAACCAGACAGAGAAGCAUUGCGCCUGGCCGCAUCCAAUCUAUGCAGAAAGUCCCAGCGAGAGUUUAUGUUUCCUGUUACGAGCGAACCAUGGUGCCCAACACCAAGUCAGCUACCCACAGCCCAGAAUAUUAUAGCUCGCGUCCUUGGAGUAAAAGCAGAUGACGUGGGCAGCCAGGAUGAUUUCUUCACACUUGGCGGAGAUUCAAGUGCAGCGAUGCAAAUGGUUAUGUUGUGCAAGAAGGAGGGUUUCAAUCUAACAGUUCGCGAUGUCUUUCAAGAGAGAAAGAUCGGUCGAAUUGCAAGCAGGUUUCAACCUCUUGCCACAAUUAAGCCUCCGCCAGAUCCCAAUUUGGACCUGAGUCUGAGUACCCGUUUCUCUUUGCUACGCUUAACAUGCGAUUAUGAAAAAGAUAAGUUCGAAACCGCCGUCAAAGCCCAGCUUGGUAUACGCAGUAUGGACGCCCUUGAGGAUGCAUAUCCCUGCACGACAGUCCACGAAGGGCUGCUCUGGACGCAAUCCCAUGAGCCUAUGGUCUAUCAAUCUCAUACCAUCUGGGAAGUAACGGCGACGGGCCGCCACAGUCCCGUGUGUCCUUUUCAUCUGCGUGAUGCCUGGCUCAUUCUUGUGCGUCGUCAUCCGGCGCUUCGGACAAUCCUGGUCAACAACGUCUUUCCGGAGAAGACAUGCAAAAGGAUACAUAUAGUGCUCCGUGACUCACCUGAUGAUGUCGCGGUAUUUACUGGGAUAACAAAUGAGAUGAUGCAUCGGCCCAACUUGCAGUCUGGGGCUUGUUGCCUGCCAUAUAAGUUCACUAUUUACCAGACGCAGCAAAACCGCGUCUAUUGCAAGCUUGAAGGCAACCAAGCCUUCCUUGAUGCAACAUCUGUAUCCACUCUUCUGCAGGAGCUUGCCGAGGCAUACAGUGAAACGCUGCCUUCUGCACCGGGCCCACCCUACCGCUCCGUGGUGGAAUAUUUCCAAGGCAUGUGUAAUGUUGCGCGCCACACGACCUACUGGAAGAAACAGAUGGCAACAGCGGAGCCAUGCAUAUUUCCAUCCAUAAGGAGAGAAGGCACUAGGCAGGACACCCUGAAUGUUGCCCGCAUUGAGAUUGGAGAUGCUAUCGAUCUUCGCCAGUACUGUACUACACGCGGCUUCACCCUAAGUAAUGUUUACCAGGUGGCAUGGGGGCUCACGCUGCGGUUCUACACGAGCCAGAAUAUGAUCUGCUUUGGGACGCUUGUUUCUGGCAGAGAUCUUCCUCUGCCGGAUGUGCAUCAGACGAUCGGGCCCUUUUUCAAUGUUCUUCCCUGCCUGCUGGAUUUGAGUAGGCCAGACCGUCUGCUUCAAAUCCUUAGGGGUAACCAAGCCGAAAUCGUCAACCGUCUGGUGAACCAACACUGUUCGCUGACUGAUAUCUUACGACACUCAAAUCAUUUUGGCCAGAGGUUGUUCAACACGUGCCUCUCUCUGGAACAGCAAUUGUCGAGCUUGCAAGUGAACAGUGUUCGCUUUACAGAGAUAGACACCCGUGAGCCGACGGAGUAUAUUCUUCUCUCCGUGAUUGACAAGCAGGCAACUUUUGAAGCGAGGCUUACCUAUUUCUCUUCCAUCAUGUCUGACAAACAAGCCGCUGAAGUUGUGAGCAGAUUUGCGGCAUACGUUUCUCAUAUAUUGCGUAAUACCGAUACGAUGUAA